CUUUCACCCAUUGUGGGACAUUGACCUUCAGACUGCCUGGCUGGCUUCUAAUAACAGCCUCCUCUGUCGAGCAUUCAAAGCCUUCUCUCACGCGUUCGUACCCAGCGCGUUAUUUUUUCGUCUCCACGUCCGCCGAAGUGCUACCCCAAGUCGACCCCUUGCGUCGCUCCCUAGCUCGUUCACGUCCCUCCAGAACACGACUUCCUUGUUUCAAUACUGCCUCUAAAACUUGUCCGAACGAGACGUCGAUUCGAUUCUUCCCUCCUUUUCCGGAUGCCGAUGGUCUUCCGCGUACUUCAGGAUAGUCAUUCUGAUUUCUGAUGGUCAUCAGAACGAGGGAGGCGUGACGUGAAGCCAACCGCUCGUUGCGCGAGUCUCGCCUGCUCCUUUCGUGCCCUCGCGCCACUUCGUGUCGCUCUUGCAGAAACACUGGCCAUUAGAUGAUUACAAUCUGACCACCCACUGACCACCCACUGACCACCCACUGACCACCCACUGACCACCCACUGACCACCCACUGAUUGCUCACUGAUCGCACAGUGAUCAGUAUCCGAUUCACACUGAUCACGCAGAUCACACACUGACUGCACACUACUCACCCACCGAAUACUCUAAAAAAUUGCACUGCAUGGCGUCAUCCCGUCGCCCAUCACCGGUAACCACAGCCAUCCGCAAGGCUUCAUCCCCCGUCUUGCAUCUUCUGCUCCUAUUCUCGCUCGUCCUGCUCCGCUCGCCAUCAGCUUCCGCAUCCGAACGAGCGGACGGGACUGAUGCCUCAAAUCCCUCUCAAUCGAGCAUAGCCGCUGCCGCCGCCGCCGCUGCUGCUGCUGAUUCAGGCGGUAGCUCAGGCGCAGGCUUGGGAAUGGGGGUGGGAGCAGCCGGAGGGGUCACGCCGGAUCAGUUCGUUUCCACGGAGGACCUUCCCGCGGCGGAAGGCGCGACGGAUGCGGCGACAGAUGCGGCAGGCUUGCCGGAUUUCGAUCCUAAACUGGCGGGGGUGGAGGAGGAGGAGCGGAUGGUGGAGGAGCUGCUGACGUGGCUGGAGGGGCGCGGCGUGGGAGGGAUCAGAGGCGAGGACGCGGCUGUGAAGGUGUUUAUUGACGCCAACACCACACUCAAGGCGUCUCGCAGGUCAAGGGCCAACCUGCGCAUGGUAGCAACUCGCCCCAUCGGCGAGGGCGAAGUGUUUCUGUCGCUGCCUCGGUCGCUCGCUCUCUCCGCUGCUCACGCGCAGGAGGAGGCAACGGCGCACGAGGGAGAGGUGCAUCCGUUCACGGCCCUGGCAGCGUGGGUGUUGAGGGAGCGCGCCAAGGGCCGUGCGUCCCUGUGGGCGCCGUUCGUGCGCCUGCUGCCCGCGCACCUGCCCUUCCCCUACCUCUUCUCCGACCAACUCCGCUCGGAGUUCCAAUCCCAGUCGCUCAUCCUGGCUACAGCAGAGCACAAGCGGACUCUGUCAGAAGAGUACAAGAAGUGCCGCCCAGAGGCCAUAGCGAAUGCAACGGAGCAGGAGUUCCUGUGGGCGGUGGGCAUGGUGACCUCCCGCAUGUUCUCACUGCGUGCAAACAACGGCACCGCCAGUUCUGACGGCACCGGCAGCAGCAGCGGCAAUAACGCCACAGAGACAGUGCUCCUCCCAUACGCUGACCUGUUUGACACCGACAAAGCACCUGUAGCCGUAUGGGAGGACAACAGCACGCACAUCACCUUCAAGGCCACCGCCAACAUCACGGCGGGGCAGCACGUGAGCGUGGAGUACGGGUUGCUGGCCAACGACGAGGCGGUGGUGUUCCGGGCCAUGGCGCUGGUGACCAACUACCGCGACCGCGUGGACAUGUUCGAGUACCCCGAGGUCGCCAUCGACUUCUACGGCCGCCACUUCUUCAAGAGCCACUGGGAGUCCUUCAUGGAGACUGACGUGGAGAAGGUGUUUGCUGACAUGGAGAGGGCGCUCAAGGCAGAGGUGGCCAAGGACAAGUACAAGGGCAUUCCGGACGAGCCAGAGUUCAGAAUUGAGCCGCAGGCGAGCCUGCGAGCUUGGUACGGCGGGAGGCUCGACCCGAGAAUGCUGGGAGGCCUGGCAGCCCUGCAUGCCCACGUGAUCAACAAGCAAGCCCCUGACUACGCGCAGCUCGCCCGGCCAGCAGUGGAGUACGCGUGGCUCAAGGAUCCCAAGACCACGUGCGACGACUUCGCCGCCUCACUAGACGAGGACCUGGGCGACGCCAUCCCCGCGGCGGGCGCAGGCAUUCUGGAGCGCGCCAAGCAGAUGCUCAAGGCCAUGGGCACAUCGCAGGAGGGCGACGUGCAGCGCAUGCAGGUGGUGCAGUCGUGCAAGGUGCAGGUGCUGUACGGGAAGUACCCAGGGGACAAGCCUCUCAUGUGCCCGCCGGAGUUUGUGCGCGACCUUCCGGAGUGGGAGGUGGCUCUGGCUUAUAGGCUGUCAAAGAAAGAGGUGCUGUCGCACGUGGUUGGCCGCCUCACAGCCACAUGUGAGGAAUAGGUGUUUUGCCAUGGAAGGACUUGAGUGACUGCUUCUGAUCUGAUUGUUCUUCCUACCACGCUCAGGCACAGGCUCGCAGCAAGGGUUCAUUAUAGGGGCGUGCUCCUACAACCUCUUCCCAGGGUAGCCUCUUUCCAGACGGGCCCGCUACAGCGCAGUGCAGUGUAAUUUUGACUCAAGUUGGACCAUGGCAGUUCUGUGAGGUGUGACACUCACGAGGCUCGGCAUCGCCAAUAUUCAGGCGAGAGGGGCGAGUCUGGGAAGAGGCAAGCCUGGGAAGAGGUUGUAGGAGCAUGCUCUGAAAGUCCCGGAAUGACUGACAGGGUUGCUUGUGACGGUAUAUAGCCUUUUUCGGCUGAACAAGCUACUACAGAACAUGGCAAG